AUGCCGCCUUCCCUGAGGCUUUCGACUCUCGGCUUCCUCCUGUUGUGUCUGGCACCGGGCCAGACAUCCAAGUUUCAAGAACAUGACUUUUUGCAGUUUUUUGACCUGGAGAAAACGUCUUCACCUCGCAGGUUCCAACCUGUGCCUCACUUCUUAAGGAAGAUCUUCCAGGCUCGAGAAGCCGGUGGGGCCUCGCAGGAUUUAUGCUACGUGAAGGAGCUGGGUGUCCGUGGGAACCUGCUUCGGCUUCUCCCAGACCAGGGUUUCUUCCUUAACACACAGAAACCCUCCCGAGGCGGCUCUUGCCUACAGAAGUUCCUCUACUUUAACUUGUCUGCUAUCAAAGAAAAGGGGAAGUUGACCAUGGCCCGGCUGACUCUGGACUUGGGGCCCAGGUCCUACUACAGCCUGGGCCCAGAAGUGGUGGUGGUGCUGUGGGCGGCUGAGGAGCCCGGUGUGUGGGGGCAACCCCACCCUAAACCAGGCAGAAAGCUCGCGCUGCAGUCCGUCCCAGGGCCUCAAGGUCCUCUGCACUUCAACCUGAAGGAUGUGGUUACGGAUCAGAACGGCAACCGACUGAAGAGUCUGGGCUUAUACUUAGAGAUUCUGGCCAAAGAGGACAGAUACUCUGGGGAACAUUUCCAGGUUGAGAACACCUGUCGCCGGCUGAGGCGUUCUUUUCAUGCCUCCCUGCUGGUGGUGACCCUCAACCCUGACCAUUGCCGCCCUUCUUCCAGAAAAAGGAGGGCAGCCAUCCCUGUCCCCAAGGGGUCUUGUAAAAAUCUCUGCCAUCGUCACCAGCUGUUCGUCAGCUUCCAGGACUUGGGUUGGCACAAAUGGGUCAUUGCCCCCAAGGGGUUCAUGGCAAAUUACUGCCAUGGAGAUUGCCCCUUCUCGAUGGCCACGUAUUUGAAUAGCUCCAACUAUGCGUUCAUGCAGGCUCUGAUGCACGCGGUUGACCCCAAGGUCCCCAAGGCGAUCUGUAUCCCCACCAAGCUGUCCCCCAUUUCCAUGCUCUAUCAAGAUAACGAUGAGAAUGUUAUUCUCCGACAUUAUGAAGACAUGGUAGUUGAUGAAUGCGGGUGUGGGUAG